UGUGAUCUGGCAACCCGCCUACAAAGCCUGAACAUGGCGCUGUACCUGAGAAUAAGAGAAGUUGUUAGUAUUAAUGCACGACAGCUGUGCUCUCUUUCUGGAGUUCAGCUUCGCAUCCUUCCGAGCAGCAGCUGCUUCUUCGAUGAAGCGGUCCAGGUUCAGGUGAGCGGUCUGCCUCCUGGACAGAACGUGGAGCUUCGGGCCAAGCACACGGACGACAAAGGGGUUGUUUUCAAGGCCGCAGCUACAUACCGUGCAGACCAGCAAGGAGAAGUGGACCUGAGCCGUCAGCCGUCCACUGGUGGGUCCUAUACGGGUGUGGAGCCCAUGGGCUUGUUCUGGUCCAUGCUGCCAGAAAGUCCUCAUAAGAAGCUGCUGAAGAGAGACGCGUCCAGACCUGCUCUCAUCCACAUCGAGGUUCACAAAGACGGACAGAUCCUCACUGAAGAGACCAACGAGAGGCGCUUCAUGGCUGAUGGAGUGCAGAGAGUCCCUGUAAGACACGGCAGGUUACGCGGAACUCUCUUCAUACCACCGGGCGAAGGGCCGUUCCCUGGAAUUAUCGAUCUGUAUACGUUAGGAGGCACUGUGUGCGAGCCCCGAGCAGCUCUCCUGGCGAACAAAGGAUUCGUGGUGUUUGCGCUGGCUUUCUACGGCUACCAGGACAUGCCCAAAACGGUGGAUAGACUCGAUCUGGAGUACUUUGAAGAAGGUGUAACGUUUCUACAGACGCAGCCUAAGGUGAAAAAAUCCGGAAUAGGAAUCGUGUCGAUCUCAAAAAGUGGAGAUCUGGCCCUGUCGAUGUCCUCCUUCCUUCCCAACGUAUCGGCCACCGUGUGCAUCAACACCUGCACCGCCAACGUCCUGUUCCCGCUCCAUUAUAAAGACAUGGUGAUCCCGAGUUUCGUCGGCAGCACCAAGAGAAUAAGAGUAACAAAAUCUGGCAUCUUGGAUAUCAGAGAUAUCCUUAAUGACCCAAUGGAGAAGGACCGUGCCGCGGUCAUCCCUAUCGAGCGUGCCAGCUGCAGAUUCCUGUUCAUAGUGUCAGGAGAUGACCGGAACUGGAACAGCGCCUUUUUCGCGGAGCAAGCAUGCGGCAGACUCAAAGCACACGGGAAAGCCAACUACGACAUGGUGAGUUAUCCGACAGCAGGGCACUUUAUGGAAGUCCCCUACAUGCCCCAUCACCCGUCUGGGCUCCACGCCGCCGUGAGUCAAGUGGUCACUUUUGGAGGCGAACCGAAAGCUCACGCAUACGCACAAGUCGACGCGUGGAGGAGAGUCCAAGAGUUUUUUAAAAAACACCUGUGAAAACAUUUACCGGAAUGUCGUUUUAAAUCUGUCACAAAAAGUUCUCAGUAUAUGAUUGAUAUAUAAGGAAUAAACCUCUCCAUGUUAUGCGAUUAUAGGAAAAUAAUCAGAGGCGGUGAGGUGUGAUGAAGCGAAGUAACUGAUACCACCCUGACGUUGAUUAUUUGCCUGUAACGGCAUGUCACGAAGUGUUUUAUUCCUCUUUUUUUUUUUUUUUUGUCAAAGAUUAUAGAAACAAUAACAUGUUUUUCUAGAUAGAAUUUGAUAGAAAAUGAAUCAACACCUUCUGGCCAAUCGGAACGAAGAAUCGGGAUUGUUUUUGCGAUCGCAUGAAAUCGAAGACGAGUACACCAACAAACAUCGCCGCGAAAGACAAUUUCCUGGAAUUGCGAUUUCGCCAAUUCAUGGAGUCUUCCGCGGGAAAAGAACAAAAGUUAGGGGGGAGAAAAGCCAUAAAUAAAUAAAUAAAUAAAUAAAAACCCACUCUGCGAAAUCCUGUAUGGACUGAUAGACACCUAAUGAACACAAUGAGCACCAUGUGAAAGGAAUGACUUGUAGCGAAUGUACUACACUGUUGUCACGAAUAAAGAUAUUUGGUGUUAACCUGCA